UGGUCUUGUUGCACACGAGUGGGUGAGGUCUCUCCGGCGCAGUUCAUGGGAGUUUUGAGCUGUGAUUUGCUGUGAUCUAGUGUGAACUGGAGCGCUGCAGAGCUCCUCACAGUGGACAGUCAAUUACAAUGCAUAAAAUGCCUUCACUGUACGCGCAAUCCCGAGCAAGAGUCUCCGCCAACACUCUUCAGCGCUGGCGAAACACGCACUUUUAAAGGGAGUUUACCGUAACAGCAGAAAAGAUGCCCUUCUGCAAGAGGACCAUAGUCCCUAAAGAUGUGUGCAAGAGCGGCGGCAAGAGUCGCGGUGCGAUGUUCACGGAUCUGGUGGAUGUGUGCGGCUUGACUCUGUGCGCGGUGCUCCGGCAGCUGUCGGAUUUAUCCCGUCAGUCAGUGAGCAUCCUGGAGGAGCUGGAGGGAGAGCUCGCCUCCAUCUGCUACCGCUCCGGAGCUCUGGAGAAUAAACUUCUCAGCCUGCAGAAGCACAUCUCAGCCCUGGCCACCAAACCGCCGGUCAAAAUCGCCACCAACUUGGACUCGGAGAGCAAACGAACGGCCCACUUCCAAUCGUCAUGGCAACAGCAUGUGAAUGUGUUCGGCUCGUGGAGUAGGCCGGAGUGUGUGCAGGAACUGCACCAGGAGGCUCAGCUGAACCUACAGAGUCUGCUGCAAGAUUUUGAGGAGCAGUUGUAUGAUAACAGAGUGACAGGACAGACAUUCAGACACCCCUCCUCUCAGAGCUCGGAGGACACGUCAACCACCCUCAGCCGAUCCCCUUCCUCACUCAACAACAAGAAGACGGAGUUCGUCUUUGUGCCUGCAAAUAAGCAGGUGUGUGAGGAUGAGACCACAACAUUAGGGGUCCGGGCGCAGGACCCGACCCCCUGUGGUUCAGAGAAGUCACUUCUAGGCUGGAAUGCAUCACUGAGUCCACCUGUUGCAGAGAAACCUCGCUGGUACCUGGGCCGACAUACUCCGGCUCACCUUGUACCCAUUGAGAUCACAGGCCAGUGCUUUGAUAAGCACUCCGCACAGCGCAGCGAACUGCGGGCCGCCUUUAGAACUGAUUCAGCGGUCAACCCAAAGACCGUUCGCCGCCCGAGGAGUGUGGUUGCAGGCCCUGAUGUCACGCUGCACUGCCAAGGUGACAGCAAAAUUCUUGCUGUUGAUCUAAUACAAGGUGCCUGUUACCCUGGAUCCUCUCAACCCAGAUCUUUGGAGCCAACUACCGAGAACACAGGCCAACAGCAUAUUCCCCUUCGGAAGACACAGAGUGACCUGGAGUACAGUGUCCCCCCAUCCCCAAAGACCCCAUCAGGCAUGAUGGAUCAUGCCACUCUGAUGUGCCCAAGCCCCUCCUGGAAUGGCCCAAAAGGUUCUACUUUUUCUCCUUCCUGGAAUGACUCUUACAACUAUGCCUUGGUUACCAGCCCUGCUUCCAAGCAACCAAUAUCUAAAACUGGAAUGCUAACACCUGGAGGUGACGGAGGUGGUUUUAUCUGUCCAUCCCAGACCAGUUCAGGUCUCUCCAUGAGCUCAGCGUCACAUUCCAGCUCAUUCACCUCCAUCUCGGAACCAUGUGGACACCGGGUGUAUACAGUGUCCACACAGGGGGGUGGUGUUCCUGUAAGGAAACGGAAUGACACUGAGGGGGCAGCUUCCACUGCAGGCAUGGGAAAUAACAAAAGUGAUCAGGAGAAGAGGUCAGCCUGGUCCAAUGUCUUCAGGUUCCGUGAACGUUCACUUUCAACACCAACAGACUCUGGAUCAUUUUGCUCAGCAGAUAAUAUAUGCUCUCCAGGUGAAGCUGUCCCUGUUGUUCCAGAGGGUGAGAGUUAUGCCCUGUUAUAUCCGAGCAACAGCUCAGAGGAUAGCACGAGCACUGAUAACGUUUCUGUGACCACAGGUUCGGACUUUCUUCCGGAUGGUCGACUAAGGCCACACUCACGUAGUAUCUCACUAAAGAAAUCUAAGAAAAAGCCACCACCUCCAGUACGUAGUGUAUCCCUGAUGAAGAACCUAUCAGAGGUCGGAGGAAUGGGCUCCUACCACAGUGAAGGACACUUUAGAGAUGGCAGACCCAAAAGUCUUGUUAUCCCUCGGGAUCACCAUAUUCAAGAUUCAUUCCAGCCAGAGUUCCUAAUUAUCAAGCCUGAGGACGACACAGAUCAGGCCCACAGUAGCUUGGAGACAUCUUCUGAUAUUUCUCAGCCUGCUGACAGGGAUACAGAGCUUGGGUUUCCUCCUCACUGGCAGCUUAACGAGUGGAAGUCCAACAAUGAUCCCUACCGCUCACUGUCGGGUUCAAGCACAGCCACAGGUACCACAGUGAUUGAGUGCAUGAAGGUGCGAGGUAGCUCAGAAUCCCUAAAUUCACCCUCAACCUCACGAGCCACGUCUCCAUCCCUGCUCUCCAUUGAGGCUGAGACCAAGGUAUCCCCCUUCAAGCCCCCAUGCCUCAUGUCCCCAUCCAGUGGCUACUCAAGCCAGUCUGAAACUCCAACCCCAACUAUAUCAAACACCCUCAUCACUGGACCUUCUCCAGUUGGCUGCAAGAUGCGCCCAAAGAUUCCAGAACGUAAAUCUUCCCUCCCAGCUUCUGCAAAGGAUAAAUCACGUUCACGUCUUUCAUUUGAACUACCUGCAAACUCUCAACUGGAUCUGUCCUCUGUCAAACCCAAGCUGAAAGCCAGCCGACGCCACUCUGACACAUCUACAGCCAACAAACCAGGUAAACUGAGCCCUAGUCAGUCUUCACUUCCUAUGGUUACAACAACAGACUUGCGAAACAUCCGACUUCGUUCAGUAAGCCGUUCAGAACUUGAGGACAGUCCUGAUGGCUCUUCUGACAUUAUAGAGGAAGAGCAAAGUCGAGAUCUCAGCCCUCCUAUUACUCCCUCGAACACAAAACAGUCAAAGCCACCAGUUGCAAUGAAGCCGCCUCUACCUAAACGACCCAUGAACUUGAUGCUUAAAUCUCCCUCAUCCUCCCCUCUGGCACCUGAAUCUCCUCCAGCUUCCCCUGUGGACCGACCCAUGCCUGUGGGUAACAUCUAUAUGGUUGUAAGAAAGCCCAAACCUAAGAGACCAGCUCAGUCCUCACUCAGCACAUCUGCAAUAGCCCCGCAAGAGCCACUCCACAGCCAUGUACCUCCUCUCCCUGAGUUUGAUCUGGAGCAUGGGAUUCCUAUUGAAGAAGAUCUUCCAUCCCCAAGUAGCCCAGAGAGAGAGGACAAAAGUAAGACUCUUCCAAAUAGAAUGACGAUAACCUGUUUAGCGGAAUUAGACAAAAGGAAGCCCAAGGUACCUCCUCCGGUGCCGAAAAAGCCCAAUGUCCUUCUUCUGCCCUCUCCAAGCAUCCAGACCAAUGGCGGGGCAGAAAGGCAAACUCUACUCUCCGACAGCAACUCCCAGCCACCUACAUGUCCAUCAGCAUCUGACAUUGAGGGUGAUUUGCUUAAAGAUGAAGAUCAAGAUGAUCCUGCAAGGGAUCAUGCAAACCAUAAAAAUUCAGAAAGUUGUGAGACCUUUGGAAAUCAAGAGAAUGAUAUGGUAGGUGAAGAGGACAGUUCAAAAGAUUCAGAUUCUCAUCAAAUUACAGAAAGAGAGGCACCUCCAGCAGAGACAGUAACAGAAACAUAUGCAGAAACAGAAAUACUGGAAGAGAACAACUCUGCAGCUGACAAGACUGAACUACACAUUACAGAGGAAACAGACGAUGAUGUUUUUGUCCACACGCCCACAACUCACACCACUGAGGAUCUCUUUACCAUCAUACACAGGUCAAAGAGGAAAGUUCUUGGUCGCAAGGAACCAACAGAUUCUUUUGGAAGCAGGCAGUGUCUGGUCUCACCUGUGAAAAGCAGUAGCACAGACCUCCAAACUCUGGGCCUCGGGACCACUCCUAGGUCAAGCUCACGAAAUGAGAACUUUAUGGCUCUUCUCCAGAAGAGAAGCAGCAAAGCCAGCAUCGGGACCCGAGUUUCUGCCAUGGAGUUGCUGAAGAGCACAAACCCCUUGGCACGACGAGUCACUGAGUUCUCUCAGUCACAGCCAGAUGGGAGUGCAACGAACACACCAAAACCAGCUCCACAGGACCAGUGAUUCCACUUGUAGAGAAC